GGUUUUAAUCUCAUUCAGCCAUCGCUGAUUCAGCAGUUGAAAAAAAUCUUGGAUCAGUACCCGGAUGAUGGACAGAUUCUGAAGGUGAGGCAGAGGACAACAUUAAUAUGCUAUAGGAAUCUUUGUGUAAACUGAUUGCCUCCUAUGAAGGGAAAUUAUCAGGUCAACAAUUGAGUGAAUUCUCCUAUGGCUGUUUUACAAAAGUACGAGAGGAUGUAAUCUGUAAGUCUAGUAGAACUACAUUUCUAGUGAGGCCCUUUUAGGAAGGUUAAGUACAGUGACUGUGUAAAUCAUUUGUCCCUAAUCUGAAUUGAAUUUUAAAACCUUUAGUUUUGCGUAUUGAGGAAGCCAUGUCGCUGUCAGUAUUUCACGAUUGUAUUUGUGCUUUUCUCUGUUGCUGUGGCAGUUUUAACCCAUCUUUGUGUCCGUUUGUCGCCAUUUCUUCUGUCCUGCAUGUAUGUCGUUUGAUGGAAUUUUACCCUAACAGGGCCUCUUAAGUAAUAAGAACUACUUAGGAGAUAUUAGUUGAUGAAAUGCUGGCUUUGUUUUACCCGAUUUCAAAACUGUUUUAUACGAAAGAUAAUCUUCUAAAUUUCUUUGACUGCCGAAUACAUAUAAGGUGGAGAUAAAGCAUUUAGAAAGAGUCAGGGGCACCCAAGGAAUGUUUUCUGUAAAAUACUUGUUCGGAGAAGCAGAUGUUGCCAGGAAUUUCUAUUACUUGAGGACGGCUAAUGGUAAGGGUAUUUUUCGUAGAUGAAUCAAUUUUAGCCAUUCCCGUGGUAAUUGGCUGAAAACCAGUCCAAAAAGAGGAACUGGUGAAAAAUGCGGUGUUUUUGCUACUUGCUGGCAUGAGAUCUGAGAGUUUUUCCUCAUGAUUAGAAACUGGAGUCAGGAACUUGCAGAGAUUGAAAUUGUUUUCAAUGACGUGUAUUCCAAAUAGUCCUUCAAAUGAACUGAAUAUAUUCACGGACUCCAACGAGAAGAAGACCUGUAUGCCACUCUCUCCAUUGUAUAUUUUCAAAUUUCAAACAUUUAAUUCUCGGAUUUUACUUUAUGUCUAGGCUAACCCUGUAUAAAUGUGUUGUUAAUGUUCGUAUUCAGCUGUGAUUUUUCAUUCGAAAAAGGACUAUUAAUGGGAAGAAUGAUAUGCACAGUGUUAAAUAACAGCAGUCAUUGCCUUUAAGCAGACAAAUAUGCCGUGUCUAACACAGGUUUAAAGGCGUCUUUUGAAUCCCAUUUUGUGUUUAGGAACUCAUCCAAAAUGCAGAGGAUGCAGGUGCAAGUCAAGUGAAAUUUCUGCAUGACAAACACAGUUAUGGAACAGAAAAACUGCACAGCAAAGAACUUGCUCAGUUCCAGGUAGUAGCGCCGGGCGACGCAGAAUCGAAAAACUUAAGAUGUCUGAGUAACUUGAAUUGAUUCAACUGAUACUAGAUUGUAAUCGACAAACAGGGGUCGGGGACCAUUGGUCAUCCACCUACCCACCUCACCUCGUUUGAAAGUAGAUCCACUCUUCCUUCACUCACUUCGUGUCCUGAAACGGAGGAUAAUAACUUUGAAGAUUAGUUUAACAGGUCAAUAUUAAACAAUAAAUACAUUAGUCAAACACAACAACAUUUACUGCGGGAGGGUUAGCUCAGUUGCAGGAGCACGGGCCUGCAGAGUGCCAGAUCGCGUGUCCGAUUCCCGGGCCACACCAACAUUCAAGUUCUUCUAAUAACCGUAGAAGGCAAUGCCUUUUCCCUGCAGUCAAGGAAAUACGUUACAAAAAAGGCAACGAGCGUAACAAAGUCGAUCGCCACGUGCAUAAAUUGGAAUUAAUUUUUGACUGGCCUAGCGAAAGGCGGAAGAUUUCAUGUCUAACUCCUUCCUUAGCUAAGCAAACCAAAACCAAUGCAGAUUUUUUUUGAAAUUCGAGUAGACACAACUAUCUUUCUUGAUGUAGGAUGCAAUUCCUUACAGGGCCCGGCGCUUUAUGCCUACAAUAAUGCUGAGUUCACGUCCGAUGAUUGGGAAGGCAUCAGAAUGCUGUGUGCAAGCAAGAAAGACAAAGAUCCGAUGAAAGUGGGUCGUUUUGGCCUGGGCUUCAAGUCAGUAUUCCACGUCACAGGUAAACUGGUCGCUUAGUGAACAAGUCAAAAACCUUGGAUAUAUUAUGUUAUUUGUUAUUAAACCAGUUAUCAUUUAUCUUCGCGAAACCAGAUAUUGACAAACUGAUGGGGCUUUCUGAGUAAAGACGGUUUUUCAUAUAAAUGAAUUUCCACAUGAAGAGACAAGGAACGGAUUAGACGCGGAACAGUCAAGGUAGGUCAAACGUACCCCUCAAGAUUCCAUUAAUGAAUUGAUUAUUUGAAAAAUGAAUCCGGUAGUCGUUCCCGUAACUAGUGUCAAAUUCAAAUUCCUGGAUGCGUAAUGAGGUGUGAAUAUUUUACAAAAACUUCUCUAUAUCUGGUCAAAUUGAAAAUCUUUGACUGGUUAAAAUUGAAGACAUUUACAUUAAAUUCUAGGAAAUUUAGAUGGUAGAUCUUUAAUUAAGUGCCUCGCGUGUGAAUUGAUGGCUCAUUGCACAUGCAACAAUGCAGAGAUGAAUCUGAAAUCUACAACUGCCAACGGAUUCAACUUUCGAAUAAUAAAUUCAUUAAUGGAUCUUGGGGGUAUGCUUGACCUGGCUUGACUGUAAUAUACCAUAGUAGAGGAGACUGGUUUUGAAAGUCGGGAAACAUCAAAGAUGAAAACAACGGUUCUUCAAUUUAUGUUGGAAGCUCCCUGGCCGUGCACAAUCCUUUGUUAGUUGUUCACAAAUUGUGACUGAAUAAAUUAAUGCGAUGUUUCUGUUGGUCGGUAAGUUCAAAAUGAUAGGAACGCUAUUCAAUGUUGUGCACGGUCAAGUCCAAAAGCUAAUAAAAACAUGUAACAAAGAAGUCUAUCAGGCUUCAUAACCAUUCCACCUUACUAACGGCCUGGUAACCUCUAACUAAACGUUGCUUGGCUUAGCAGAUUAUACAACUAAAUUGUUAGUGGUAAACAAAUUUUUAACAUUGAUAAAAAAAAAAAAAAAACGUUCGCAUCGGCUACUUGUAUAAGUAGUGUUUCUUUUUAUUGUUCCAUUUUAACAGCAAUCCUUUAGUUUAACCAGCAGCUUUUCCUUUUCUAACGUCAUGUUGCCUGAAGUGAGGAUUCAUUCCUUUUUUCAUUCUUGUACUACAUUCUUAAUUGACCACAGAUCUACCAAGCAUCAUGAGCAACUCGCAGCUCGGUGUAAUUGAUCCGCACGAAAAAUGCUUUGGAGAAAGACGCACAGGAUACAGCUGGGACAUAAGAGAUGAUCGUGAUAUCAUGAACGCCAUACCAGACCAGUUUGCUCCUUACAGGAGAGUAUUUAACUGUAAAGAGGACAUUUUCACCACAGGCUCAUACAAUGGCACCCUCUUUCGCUUUCCACUACGCAGUAAAGCCUCCAAGCUGUCACGGACGUUGUAUUCUCCCGAGAAGGUACGCGCAUUGUUCAGUGGCUUCAUUGCUGACGCUCACUUAGUUCUACUUUUCCUGCAACAUCUUGAAUGCGUUGAACUCUACGUCCGUGAAGAAUUAGACAGGGAACCCAGUAGAACCUUUCUAGUCAGAAUAUCCGAACAAAGCCUUGAGCUGGUUCAGGAAAAGAGAAAGGAGUUCAGGGGAAAAGUCUCGAGCGUUGAGCUUUCGUCCCACCCAGUUUACGUCACCUAUCCAAUCACGAUUGAGACAAUACAAUAUUACCACGGGCGAGAAACAAUCAAACGCAGCCAUUCGUUUCUUGUAACUAAUUAUUUUUGUGGCGGAGAGGUAUGCUCUGAAUUCCAAACCCUGGCUAAAGAUCUCAGCUACUUACCCUUAGUUGGUGUUGCCAUGGCAUUACCAGCAAGCCCUCGCGAGCCCACCCCAGCGAUUCAAGGUCACGUGUUUUGUAUCCUGCCGUUACCAGUGCAAAAGACAAGCCUGACAGGUUUGCCGGUUCAUGUGAAUGGCUUCUUUGCUCUGAGUCAGAAUAGAUGUUAUAUCAAAUCUCCAAACGCGCAACAAGAUGAUCUAAAAAGAGCCGGUCACCCUUUGACUGACAAAUCCUUGAAAUGGAAUCAGUGUCUUUUAGAGGAGGCCAUACCCAAAGCCUAUGCCACGAUGAUUUUAGAAGCCAUCAACGACAAGAGCUUCAAAGUGCAAGCAGCAGCCAUUUACCAGUAAGUGACAUCUGCAGUGUUCGUAUAAUCUGUGAACAAACAUCCUCACGAUUCCUUCCAUGCUGCUGACCAAGCGGCCUAUUCUGGCAAUCAACCUUUUUAGCAGGCAAACAUGAUUCAAAAUAACGUCUUAUCAAUGGAAAUACUAACCAAGUUAAUAACGUAUCUAUUUUUCAUCAGAUUUUCUAAUAAGGGCCGGUAAAGUCUAAUUCCCUUUGAUCGCUUAAACGAAUCGCAGCAAUAUUUCACUGUGCUGCCUCCAAAGAUUACAAAACGGGACUUUCCUUUGUCAUUGCUGGCAUCACCAUUGAUAUUUUAUUCAUUAGCUCUGCGAUGUUUCAUUUAUUUUGUCUCAGAGCGUGGCCAGAUCUCAGACUAGUCAAGCAGAAAUGGGAAAGCAUUAUGGAGCCUUUGUUUGAGAUCCUGUCGUGCAAGAAAAUUGUCUUCACCGAAGCCAAUUGGGGAAAAUGGGUACCUGUUAAAGAAGCAAUAUUCAACCAGUUACCUGAAAACGAUCUAAAAGAGCUUCUUCAAAGAGUCUUCCUUGGAGCGAACAUUUCUGUUGUAUCUCUACCCAGUCACGUGUUUGAAGCUAUUAGCUCAUUUUCUGCCUGUACGGAAAUCGAUCCCCGCUUCACGCGAAUAGUUUUGAAGGAAGCACCAGCUUGUUAUAGGAGGCUCAGGCUCACAAGGCGCGAGAAGCUACGGCUUCUUCAUUUUUGUUUGCAAGACAAUCAGUAUAAAGACCUCUGUGGCCUGGAGCUUUUGCCUCUGUCCAAUGGCAAAUUAACCACCUUUUCACCCUUAUCCCCGAAAAUCUACAUCUGCUCGCCUGAGCAUCCUCAAGAUCUUUUACCUGGUCUGCAAAACCGUUUCUUGGAUCAAACAGUGGAUCACGACAUCAUUCACAGACUAAAGCACGCAGCCAGACUAGGUAAUUAAGAUAGGGAGCAAGUGACACUGCUAGAAUAUUAGGGAUUUUAAGCAAGGACUGCGGAUUCGUCUAAUGCAGUGACUGAGAGUAUGUUUUCCAGGAAUGCGUCAAUGCCUCCAGCUUAAGAUACCACGACGGCUUUGUGUAAACUCGCUUUUUGAAUUCGCGUUAUUACCAUCUUUUUUGCGAUUCCAACUAGUUUACUUUGUCAAAUGUAGGGGAACUCUCGUAAGUUAAAUCCCUAGAAAAAAUUCAAGUUCAGUAAAAGAAAAAAGUUUCGUUAUCGCUUGUGUAAGUCCUCCAUAAAACGUGAAAUUGGGCUUUUUCACGUAGUAGUCGUGCCGUGACGGAAAAGAAAUAUACAAAAAUAGGUAUGAUACACGAUCAAAGUUGUUGUGUUGUUAAUUUAACCCAGCUAGCUCUUAACUGUACUUAGCCUGCUAGCAAGCUCUUCGGGGCGUGUACUUCACGAAUACGUAGGAUAUCAUAGCAGGCGCACUGAGAAGUGCAUAAGCAUUUAGUUGUAUUUUAUAUGCCUAGUACGCCAGUGUUUGAAACUGAAUUGUAAGACACGUUAUACGCAAUUCAUUCUUUUCAGCCAUCCAAAAUUUUUGGCAAUUUUGGAAGGUUUAUUUUUCGCCCCAAAUUCGGUCAGGCACGACACCCAUAUACCCCACAUGCCACGUAAAAUGCAGCCAAAUACACAAUAAGCAGUUGACGGAAAAGAGUGUAAAUUAUGAGGAGUGACAUCUCACCCACUUGAAAACCGUGCACAAGCAAGUCAUUUUUCUUCUGUUUUUACAUUCCUUUGUCCUGGAAGGUCACUGCAUAACUUCAACUUUCAGGAGAGUUCACCUAAAUUUGACAAGUAGGCGUAUUAGAAUAAUCGCAAUAUAGUUUGCAAAAACACGAAUUCACUUUUUUAAGCUAGGUUUUUACCGUCGUCGUCGUGGCAUCUUUAACUCUUUACUUGAAGUAAUGAGGGCUUGGUAGAAAAGAUAUUACUUCCCGUCACCGUGCUGGACGCUUCCCUAGUCCUUGCAAAAAGUCCCUACUAUUGACUGACCUUACUACGCCUUUUAAUUUAAACAGGAGGGAGCAUAAAUCAUGUUUUGUCGUUUGUGCAAUAUUUGAUCCCCUCACUUGCCUGCCUUAAUUCUUCGCACAAUUUUUCUUGUUUGAAAUCUCACGCAAGAAUUCGAGAUAAGUCAAAAAAUGGGUGCGAAGCUUUCAAAAUGAUAUCGCUGUUAUGUAACAGGUUCAAAUUUGUUUUUCAGAUUAAAUUUGUAUAGCCUAGGUUGAUUUUUGUCUCCUAAGACUAGGAGACAAAGGAAAUUGAGAAUCAACCUAGGCGGAAUGAAAUUUAUCCUGAAAUAAUAUUUGAGCUGUAACAUUUAAAAGGCCAUGAUAUUUUCUUUCAGUUGAAUAAUAUUUUGUUCCGCAUUGCCUCACAUAAUCUCUCCACUAUUCCUUCAAAUGAAGCUGCCUGCUCCGAAGAAUUAUCGUAAUUAAAACAAUCGUGAAUUUUGGCGAUAACAAAAUCUCAUCUUGCUUGCUACUGAUUGACCUUCGCAGAGUGUACACAGUUACGACUUCUUUCUGAAAACGACUUGGUAAGUCUUCUUAAGGAAUCCCUGCCUUACGACUGGAGUCAAGGCAAAACUGUUCUGUGGCAUCCAGAUGACCAAAACCACAACCAUCCUCCAAGAGACUGGAUCAAACUGAUAUGGAGAUACCUUCGCGACCACUUUCCUGCUACAGAGAGACUUCAGCGACUUCAAAACUUCUCCUUAGUUCCAGUCAGUAUGGAACAAGCAACUGUUACUUUGAAGCCACUUACGCAGCCCUCCACAGUAGUGAUUAAAAGCCUGGGCGGGGACGUCAUUGAUGAUGCUUUGAUGCGUGUCUUGACAACGUUCGGCGGGGAUGUCUUGACUGAUUGUCCUCACUUCGUAAUCGACCACCCCUGUAUUUUGGACACUUACGUACAUCGCCCAAAUGCGCAAGGUAUUUUGGACACAAUUUUGAUCUUAGCCUCCAAGUUCACAGUCGGAAGGUUGUCUGAAGUCUUGAUAAGAGAGGUUUCCACCGAAGGAAAGCGAAGUUUGAGAUCAUUCCUUGCCAGUGUCAAACCAACGCAAGUAGGAAAAAGGGAACACAUUCUCAUGCUCUCUCUUCCCGUUUUUGAGACUUUUUCCAAGAGAUUUGUGUCCAAAGAGGAAGGUCUACCAGCCGCACCUGUUGAAUAUCUUCCCAUUCCGCCUCUAAGGGAACUCAUUGACAUUUCGCAAGACGAUUCUAGGAUUUUAGCUCUUCUUCUAAAAGUCCGGAUUCUUAAACCCUUGGAAUUGCUUUGCGAAAUUAUAUUUCCUGACUUGCAAAAGGGCAAAUAUAAUGGAGGACAGAUUGACAGGUUGAUGCCCUAUGUGCUCAAGCAUUUCGCAAACGUCAUUCGCUCCGAUGUUCACUUCAAGCGGAAUGUACAAGCUCUGCCAUUUCUGCCGCAGCUUCAUCAUAAGCAGCGGGUGAAGGCAUCGGAUGUCUUUGAUCCCAGAAGUUACAAUCUUAGAAGAAUAUUUGUCACUGAAAAUGUUUUUCCCAUUGGCCAGUUGUACAACGACGCGACCGUUCUUAAUGCUUUGGAAGAAAUUGGAAUGAAAGAAGAAUCCGACAUCACUGCUGCAGACCUCCUUCAAAGCGCUAGGAAAGUUUCCGGCCUUCCAGACCUGCUAAUUGCAAGACAGAAGUCCGAUGCAAUUUUGCAGCAUAUUAAGCUCUAUCCCCAAAAACUGAAGAGCAAAGUUUAUGGACAGGAGUUGGGAUCUUUACUGAUGAGAAUUCAGUGGGUGCCACGGUUGCGCCACAAGCCAUCAACAUUCCCUCCCUCACUGCCAUGGCUGGAAACAUGCGAAGAAGGAGGAAGAUAUUUUUUUAAGCCAUGUGAACUAAAGGGCCAUAACGUAAUAAAUCUUAUAGGAAGUGUAGAACCUGUUGUCGACUUUGAACCUUCAAGUGAAAUUGCUGGUUGUUUUGGCUGGGUAGAUAAACCAGAAGUCGUCGACGUCGUUGAGCAUUUGGGAAAUGUAGUCAUGCAUUACACUGAUGAUGAGAAGGCGUAUUACAUGGCAUUGGUGAACGAAGUCUAUUCGUUUCUGAGCAGUUCAGACUAUUAUGAAGUCAAUGGGGCAUUGGAAUCUUCCCAUUUCGAAUGGGUGUGGAAUGGAGACGGCUUUUCUUUCCCUAGCCACGUGAUUGCCAUUAAGCCACUCAUUGACCUUACACCCUACGUUCGUGUUCUUCCCUCGGAGGUGCUAAAACACUCUAAGUUGUUUACACUUUUUGGCAUGAGGACAGAAAGUGAUCCAUCUCUUCUGCUGCAAGUGCUUGGCUUCAUAAAAGUGAAGUAUAGCGGUCGCAGUUCCAGAUUUAGCCCCUGUGAAGUAAGACAUGAUCUCCAUUUAGCAGUUGACAUUUUAAAUGAAUUGGCAUGUGACCAAUUAUCGCCAGAGCUGCAAGAAAAAGUUAUUUUGCCUGUGCGUGUCCAUGACAAUUCUUACGUCCGGCUUGAACCAGUUGAGCGUUGCAUGUACACUGGAGAAAAAGAAUGGCUGUACAGUGCUGGCCAAGACGAAGAGCAAAAUUACCAUUACGUACAUUGGAGUGUCCCGAGCAUCACUGUUGAACGUCUGGGUGUGCCAUCUCUAACACAUCGAAUGUUAGACCCUGAUGAGCUCUUCAUAGGAGAAGAGUUUGGACAGGAGGAGAAGCUUACUACUCGAUUGAGUCGACUUCUAGAAGACUACAAAGAUGGACUUGCUGUGCUGAAAGAGCUCGUGCAAAAUGCAGAUGAUGCUGGUGCCACUGACGUUAGAUUUCUUUACGAUGAAAGGACGAACGAGGAUGCUAUGACGUUUCUCAUAGACGACGGAAUGAAAAAGUGUCAAGGUCCUGCCUUGUGGGUCUACAACGACGCGACAUUCAAAGAUGAAGACUUUGUUAAUAUCACAAAGCUAAACGAGGCAACCAAAGUGCAUGACACUGAAAAGAUCGGUAAGUUUGGACUUGGCUUCAAUGCAGUGUACAACCUUACAGAUGUGCCAAUGUUUGUAAGUAAGAACUACUUUGUAAUUCUUGAUCCUAACACAUCGCACCUGAGGACUAUCAUCAAAAACAAAGCAAAGCCUGGUAUCAAGAUUGAUCUCAACAAAGGUGUCAAGAAGCUGCAGACCUUUAAAAAUCAGUUCAAACCAUUCAAUGGUGUUUUUGGCUGUGAUUUAACACUUCGGAAAGAAGACAACUCAUACGAUGGUACGCUGUUCAGAUUUCCUUUGAGGACAAGAGAACAAGCAGCAGUUAGUGAGAUCAGAGACAAGUGUUACGACGACCACGAAAUGCGGAAACUGUUGAGGAUGUUCCUCGUGAAAGCAAACUCGUUGCUUCUUUUUACACAAAACGUAUUCCGCGUUGGACUGUACUUUUUACCGAAAUCUUCAGACCAGAAUCUACAACCGUUGCUAAUGUUUCAGGUUAAUAAAUCACUCGCCCAAGGAGGAAUACUGAGAGAAUUGUCCUUCCCCAUCAUACUACCAGGCACUGCGCAGAAACUGGGAGCAGAGCAGAAGAAGUUGUUGGUGCAGUCUAAUUUUCUCCAAGCAUCAUCCAAGGUUAAAAAGAACUCCAAGAUUAGGAAAGUCAAACCAAACGAAAUUCCAGAAUCGUCCAUUGCGGUUGAUUUGGAAUGCGUUUUCACUAAGGUUGGUGCUAGUUUCUUUGAGAUGAGCGAGCGUCCAAGUCGAGAAGUUGAAAGAUGGUUAAUCGUGUCCUCAAUGGGGAAUGGAGAGUCACUGGAGUUCGCAAAAAGUGACCCUAGUCUUCUUCCGUCCGGGGGAGUAGCUGUUCAGUUGUUGUUUACAGAAUUUAACACCUUUUUGCCCAAACCGAAAGAAAAUGGAACGGUUUUCUGCUAUCUUCCACUCCCAAUUCACAGUGGCCUGCCUGUGUUUAUAAAUGGCGCGUUUGCAGUGGAUUCCAAUAGGCGUCGUUUGCAAGGUAAACUUGAAGACGACAAGACAUGCUAUGGCGAGGAAUGGAAUAAUGUUCUAAUGACUGAUUCCAUAUCUACUGCUUAUUUGUGCUUCCUUGAAGAUCUUAAGAAAAUUCUCCCCGGAGACGGAUCUUAUGUUUUCCAUUCACUGUGGCCAAAGGCUUUUGACGUAGCAGAACAAUUCCGGUCUAUUGCAAAGUCGUUCUACAAGCAAAUUGCUAAUGGAACCCAUGCUCUGUUCUCCAAUGGAAGAAAAUGGGUUGACAUUACUCAAGUGGUUUUUCUCCAUCCAGACCUUCGCAUGGAUCCUGAAAUUGGAGAAGUUUCAUUUGCUGUGUUUCGUAACUUCACAAAAGGAAAUGACUUGGUGAUUGACUUACCACCCGAAGUGUUCCAGUCGUUUGAGUGGUAUGGUUUGCUCAAUGUCAUCAAAAGUAAAACAUACGACAAGUUUCGAUUUUUCCGUGAUAUUUUCUUUCCAAACUUAUCAAGAGUUGCUUCUGAACUUAGGAAUGUUCUUGUGUUACAUGCUUUAAAUCAAAACAGCAGUGAGUUUGAAGACUUAAUAAUGAACAACGCCUGCGUUCCAGUGUCGCCUGGCGGAAAGGAACUAAAGCGGCCGAAUCAGUUAGUGAAUCCCGAGAAAGAAGCUUCCUCCUUGUUUCUCCCAGCUGAUGGUAGGUUUCCCUAUGGUAAUGGAAGUACAUUUUGUCAACCUCAAGUGCUUGCCAAACUAGAGAAUCUUGGGAUGAAGUCAAACGAUCUACCCUGGAAAGACGUUGCAGAAAGAGCAGAGAGUGUCCAGCACGUUAAUGCAGUUGACAGUAAAGCAGCAGUCAAGCGUUCCAAGGUUUUGCUAAGGUUCAUUAAAAUGAAACUAAAGCGAAAAGCUAAAUACCCGUCGGAUGCAAUUGUGUCUCGCAUUUGCAAAGCCGAGUUCCUUCCAGUUCUGGAAAAACCACCGUCAUUCCCCCUCCCCUGGAAGAGCGAGGAAUAUCGAGGAUUUCAAAGGCUCCUGGCGGCACCAAAGGAUAUCUUUCUUCAGGAUAAGAGGUACCUUGUGUGUUGCACGGAGCUACUUGUCGAUGUGGACGUCCCUAGUAAAGUGGCAGAGUUUUUCAAGUUACAUGACAAAUACGUUACCACACAGCACGUUGUCAAACAACUUGAAGAAGCUAUUUCUACUGACCUAAAUAAGAUGGAUACUAACACUUACGAAGAAGUGAGCCGCGUUUGCACAGAAGCCUAUUCCUUUUUACAAGAAAAUAUUGCCAACGGUACCUCCUCUUUUGAGGAUUUUCUGUCUUCAAAGCGAUUCCUUCUAGUAGGAAGGCGCUUUCUCUCUGCAGAUGUUGUCGCAUUUGAGGUGAAUACGGACUGUUCCCCGUACCUUACCCAACUUCCAGAUUAUUUAUCCGAUUCAUUUGGCAAACUCCUAAAAUUUUGUGGUGUUAAGAACCAGUUUGAACCCAGCGACUAUAUUUCAUGUCUUCAAGAAAUAAGGGGACAGUUCGGUGAGAACCCGCUUGACGAACGAACAUUACAGGUAGUUGUGAACAUGGUGAUUCAACUCGGAGAGACAUCUGAAGAGUCUAAGGAUGACCUGGACAACGAACAAGAGGGAUGUGCUUUGGUUUUUCUUCCUGAUUCCAGACGCAGAAUGUUUGCAUUAGCUGAUAUGUGCUACAAGGAUUGUCCGUGGAUGCCUGAUGAUCCAGAGGAGCUGUUUGUCCAUGAGAAGAUUCCCUGGUCAACCUGUAAGAAACUGGGGGUUAAAACUCGCAGAGAAGGAGCUCUGCAACAUCACGAUGUUGGUUUUCCUUUUGGGCAAAAAGAAGAGCUCACUGAUCGAUUAAAACGGAUUUUGACAGGUUAUCCAGGUGAGAAAGAAAUUUUAAAAGAGCUUCUUCAAAAUGCAGACGACGGACAAGCAACUGAGAUUUGCUUCAUUAUAGAUCCUAGAAACCAUCCUGAAGAGAGGGUGCUCAAAGAGAGCUGGAAAGCCCUGCAAGGUCCUGCACUUUGUGUGUACAAUAAUAGACCGUUUACCAAUGCAGAUAUUGAGGGAAUUUGUAACCUUGGCAAGGGUACCAAGGGGGGAGAUCCAAACAAGACUGGUCAGUAUGGCAUUGGCUUUAAUGCUGUGUAUCACCUAACUGAUGUUCCAUCAUUCAGGUCGAAGGGUAAAGAAAUUGGAGAUGUUCUUUGCGUGUUUGAUCCUCAUUGCAAGUACGUUGCUCGUCCUACCGAUGAGAAACCCGGCAGAAUGUACACGAAGAUCGACGAGUUAAAAAGUAAGUUUCCAGAUGUAUUUCGUUGCUACCUAGAGGACCUUUUUCCGAUACAAAAUGCAACCAUGUUUCGCUUCCCACUGAAGUCCCAGGAAAUGGCCGAAGAAUCCAAAAUAUCACGAACACCCGUCACCGUGCAGCAGCUUGACAGAAUGAUGGAAGGUCUGAAAAUGGAGUUGUUUGAAGUUCUCCUCUUCGUAAACAAUGUGAGGAAGAUUAGCAUUGCCGCCAUAGACAGAAGUGGAAAACUGGUUGAUACCUACUCAGUUGAAGUUGUUAUGACCAAGAAAGACCAGAGGAAAAGACAAUCUUUUGCUGAUUACAUGAAACAGAUUGGAAAGCAAGCGAAACAAAAAGAUUUUCUUCCCACAAGCAUUAAGGUAAAAAAGGGUAUUUAUAGUAUGAAGCUUCGUGACAGCCUUCAGAAGGAACAGACUUGGCUGAUUGUACAGCAGGUUGGCUUUGAGAAACCAGUGAAAGAAAGUAUUGCUCAUGCUUUCAAAGAAGAACAGCUGGGUAUGCUUCCUCGAGGUGGAGCGGCUUACCUUUUAAACAGCAGCGGGUCUGCGGUGAAACCCGAUGGCAAAGCGUACUGCUUUCUUCCACUGCCGUUUCGGACCAAUUUACCUAUUCACAUCAAUGGCCACUUUGCAUUGGACCAUGAGGCCAGAAGAAAUUUGUGGCAGGAUGAAGCUGCUGGCUAUCGAAGUGACUGGAAUAACGCCUUGCUUCGUGAUAUUAUUACCUCCUGCUACCUCACUCUCCUGGACAAGGUAAGAGGAUACAUUCAGCUGCCAGUAGACCAGUAUGCUACUGGUCAGAAUUCCAUCUUCAGCAAAAGUGAAAUCACAGAGAGGUUAACUUACUAUGAGGCACUGUUUCCGCGGUAUCCCUUGGAAGAUUCACACUGGAAGUCAUUAGCUGAUUCCGUUUACCAGGGAAUGAGCAAAAAAGAAAUGCAUCUUAUUCCGGUGGUGAAAUUUUCGAAGCGAAGUUCAAGAGCCGGUGCUAAGAGUAUCAAAGGAUCCAGCGGAGUCCAAGUCACAUGGUUUGCGCCGCAGGACACAGGCAAGAACCAAACAUAUUUCAACAAUCUCGAGAUAAAGGGUUGCUUUGCUCCCGUUCCACCAAGAUUCAAUACAGAUGAGAAAGAAAGAAAAAAGAUGGAAGAACGUCGCAUUAGACGAAAGAACCAGUUCGAAGAAACGUUGUUGAAAACUGGUUUUAACUUGGUGGCAUUAUCACUUGACGUAUUUAAUUCAUUUAUGGAGGCAGGAGUAGAGGUGUGCUGCGUCUCUCCUUUGGCUGUGAUGGAGUUUUACAAAUCGUUUAAUGAUAGUCAUCCGCUUUGCAGUAUUGGCGACGUUCCAUGCCCCAUUGAAAGGAGUUCAUUCAAAGACGUGAAAGGAGUUAUUCGCAUUCUAAAGUACUGCAAAGACGAUGAUCAGUUUCUGAAGAAUCUCGAGGGUCUUCCAUUGCUUCUCACGCAGGACAACUACUUACGCGUCUUUAGUAAGAGCGAUCCCUGGUGUUUGUGUCGUUAUUGCGAUAUUUUACCACAAUCUCCCGGCUUGUUUGUACACAAAGAGUUUCUAAGUGACGUUUUUGACAUGGCUGAUUUAAAAAAGAGCCCCGUUUUUCGACCUUUGGAUUUAGAAACCUUCUCCUCUCAAUUGCACGUAACUCUUCCUGAAUGUUUUUGCAGCGAGGAUCAGUACGUGAGAUGGUUUCCUGAGGAUAAUUCAAAGUCCACGGCUCUGCCGAAUCGUCGUUGGAUUUACAGGGUUUGGCAGUUCCUCGAAAAUUUCGUCAGCGAACAACUUAACGACUUAGGAGAGGAAGAAAAGAAGGAUUUCAGUGAGGAAAAGAAAACUUUCUUUGUUCGUGACCUGCUCAUGCCAUUGACUAUGUGUUGCAUCCUUCCAGCAACCCAGGCAAGUUCUGGUGACCCAAAACUAGUUAAAGAACAAUUUUUGGUGCCUUUGAAAAUGGGAGAAUCAGUUAUUGACUUUAAAGAUUGUGGUCAAUCCAGCGAGAAGUUGGUGGAGGCCUUAAAAUUUUUGGGGUUGCCAGAGCUUGACUCAGUUAUACUGUCAACUGUCCGCAUCGGUACAAUUUGCUACACCAAACUAGAAUCGUAUAAUUUAGCGCGCAAUCUUGUAGCGACACUUAAGACACCCCAUUCCCUUCUCACAGCGCUCCAUCAGAAGCUGAAGGCUAAUCCUUCCACCCUUGAUGGAAAACUAGAGGACGAAGAAGCUAUGGAGGUUCUUAAUUACUUAAGUCGCAACACUAAUUCUCUGUUAUGCGACGACAAAGAAACUCUAAGGAGGCUUCCUUUCUUUCCAAUGGCGGGUGGAAGGCUAGGAAAAGUUCAGGAUAGGAACGUCUUUGUUCUCCCUGGUGACAUCCCUAACGAUGGGAUCAAUGUUGUUGAAUCCAGACUUGACUGUUUUUUUGUAGAAUCUCGCGAAAGUCUGGCAGCCUUGUAUGAAUUCCUAGAAUUUGAGCCAGUAUCACCAUCACGUGUUUACCGAAAUUUCAUUCUGACAUGCUUUCAGCAGUUUAGUUCGGAAGGAAAGCUGGCUCACCUUCGAUAUCUUCAGGGCUUUGUGUCUUCAGUAAGUGCAAAAGAGGACGAAAGUGAAGAGCUUGAAAAAAGACAAGUGGUAGACUAUUUGAAACGAAUUGAACUCAUUCCAGCUGUGGACGGCUCCUUGAAGACAGCAUCCAGUUUCUACGACCCUUGCAAUGAUGUAUUUGAUGCCUUAUUACCAGAAGACAGUUUUCCACCAGAGCAAUUUAACUGUGAAGAGUGGCUGCCAUUUUUGGAGAAGAUAGGCCUCUCUAAGGACGUUUCAGGAAAAGAUUUUUUAAAGUUUGCUAACCAAGUGGCACAUGAAGCUAAAACACAGCGAACAGAAAACACCUACAAAAAAUCCGCAGUUUUGUUGCAACACCUUUUUUCUCGACCAAAUGUGGUUGGUGAAGGUCUUCUACAUCUUGUGUCUAAGAUUCCUUUCGUGGCUGCAAGACCUGUUGAAGAAUCACUACAAGCACUAUGCGUACCAUUCGGAAUAAGACAUGGAGAAGAAAUUCCAUUUAUUGCAUUCAAAGAUUCCGUUGUCAACGAGCAUGCAGAAAUCAUAUGGACGAAAGCACAUUUGCUUCCAACGUCGGCAGAUCCAAGGUUUCCUGGUUUUGAGCUUUUAAGUGACUGUCGUCAUCGAAAUGUUGAUCAGUACAUUAAGGUAGUUGUUGAACAGCUUGGUAUUCAGAUUAAGCCAUCUGUUGCUCUUGUUAUUAGUCACUGCCAAACUGUCAGCACCAGGAAAAAUAUCACAACUGACCAGUGCUCAACGGUAACGAGGGUCAUGGAAAGAGUUUAUGAAUUUCUACAGGCAAACGCCAUCAACGAUCCAGAGGCCAGGAGGGUACUCGAAACCAUGCGUUUUAUCGCUGUUGAAGAAGGAAAAAAGUUCAUUCUGCCUAGACAAGCCGUCAUCGAGCUUUACGAGCAUUUCGAGAUUAAGCCGUUUCUUUACAGAAUUCCUGCAGUAUUUGGAAAGUUCCAAACUUUGUUUGAGUUUGUAGGCUGUUCAAAGACUGUAACCUGUAGAGAUUACGCUGUGGUAUUGGAAAUGAUGCAUGAGAAAUGCAAAGGUUCUAAACUGAACCCAAAUGAACUUACAAAGUGUUCGAAGGCCAUCAGAGGAUUCUUCAAAACUUUGCAAGAUGACCAACGAUCCGUGCCAACUCUCUCCAAAUUAUACCUACCAGCAAUGCCUUCAGAAUUUUGCCUUUCGAACGAGCACCUCAAGAUAGGCACCAUUCCUGUUACUUUACGUUUAUCAACGGAGCUGUUGUUUGAUGAUGCCCCAACCUAUGGUUAUAGGAUAAAAGAUCUUGACCAGCCAUUUGUACUAGAACUUAGUCUACUGAAAGUAAGUCGUAAAUCAGCCAUGAUCAACUUUACAGAUUUGAUGCUGAAAUUACCUCCAGAAGUACAACCAAGGAUGCUAUCUAGUGUGGUAAAGGAAAAACUUUGCGAGCCCGAAAAAACGAAAAUUGUCGCAAACGGUGCUGUUAACACGAUGAAAGUAAAAAUAUCUUCCAUCCCCUUUGCUCGUGGAGUUGCAAGAAUUAUAAAACACGUUAACCAUCAGAAAAACGAUUUUGACGUAAGUGUCCUAAAAGGCAUUGAGGAAAGUCUUCGAAGCAUCGAGAUGUUUGCUGUGGAAGGUCUCAGGACCUCCCUUUUUCUUUAUGAAGUUCAGAUUCCAGAAAGUGAAGCUGAUGUGCCUUUCUUCGUAGACAAGCCGGAGCUGUCUGCAUUGGGGAAAAGUAAAGUUUACAUCGAUACGCUGUCUGGGGUGAAAGAUGCCGUUUCAAUCAUAUCGGACAUAAUUGGGGAAAUGUAUGGAGAAUUUCUUCAAAACAAGGCAAAUCUCAUUGGUGAGAUGCUCCGUUGCCCGCCUUCGGGUAUAUGGCCACUGUUGGACAGAAUGAAAGUUCGUAAAGAUGACAGCUACACCACAGCAGAUUUGGAUAUCUAUCCAGAGCCCGGUACAUGGAUUCCAACUGAAGACCACCAUCUGCUAAAAGACGCUUUUGAAGAAUUGGAACCGGGAGAGUACGUUGGUUAUCAGCUACACGACCCUAUUCUAGUCCUGCGGAAAGGCAUUCCAAAAUACAUUUACGCUAUAGUAGUUCAGGAGGUUACCAGUGAAGAUACUGUUGUCUUGAAAAAGGCAUACCAAAUCAACAUUGAACACGAAAAAGAACCAGUUGAGGUCAGUGCUACUAAGCUGUAUAAAUUCCACCGUUUGCGAGAGAUAUUUGAGGACCAGGACGACGAUAUGGCAGAAAUGCUUAAAGAGAUCUCAGACUUCCUCCAGAUCGCAUGGGAAAUGCCUGAGGACGAGAAAACCCAAAUUGUCAAGCGUCUAUUCAUGCGUUGGUUACCAAGAGGGAAUACUAACAGCAAGGACUCGCUCAUGGUGGCUUUACAGCACUUAAAGAAUGAAGUUUCUCGGCUCGGUGGCUGUUACGAUGACUUGUUUGUUUUAUUGGAAGAGCGAGCAAAACAACUUGAUUCACAGCGGUACAUUUAUCAAGAAGACUAUCUUGUUCACCAUGGACCGUGGCCACCUCCACCUGAUGAUGUUUCCUAUGACAAUAUUCUCCCAAUUAUCCGUAGGAUAAACAGAAAAAACCCUCAGCCAGAAGAGGCCAAGCGCUGGUUGAGACAAGCUGACGCUGACCUUGAGUCUUGCAGUAGAGAGAGAGCAUUCACGACUGACUCAUUUGAGUGGCUUUGCUUUAAAUGCCACCAGGUA